CGUGGCACGACCCUGCUUCAGUGUGGACCAACCCUGGAGCCACUUGGGGAUACUAAGCGAACCACGUGGAGGAUCCAACACAACGAGGAGCUCUCCCACUGUAGCCAUGUCACAAGUGCUGGAGUUUGAGCGCUGUGAUCUUGACAUCAAGAGCAACAAGCGGAGCCACCACACCGAGCAGAAUGGAGAGGAUCGCUUGAUCGUGAGAAGGGGUCAGCCCUUUAGCCUCGUACUGCAUCUCAAGGCCGGCAGUCCAGAGUUUAACCCUGAGGAAACAAGCUUUACCCUCAUUGUUGAAACAGGUACCUUGCUCGGUAAGGAAUCAGACACAAAAGUCUCCUUUGGUCUGAAGGACUCCACAGAUGACAAAGAAUGGAGCGCAUCUGCUUCUAAGGCCCCUGGAAACACUGUAGCUCUCAAUAUCAGUUCCUCCCCAGAGGCCCCCAUCGGGUUGUACUCUCUGAGCCUUCUUCAGCAGGGACAGAGCACCAGCCUUGGGGCGUUUGUCUUGCUCUUCAACGCCUGGUGCCCCAGAGAUGCUGUUUAUAUGAGAAGUGAAACCAAGCGGCAGGAGUACGUUCUGUCCCAGCACGGCCUCCUCUAUCGGGGCUCAGCCACACGCAUCCACCACAAACCAUGGAACUUCAGCCAGUUUGAGCCUGGCAUUCUGGACAUCUGCCUGAAGAUCUUGGAUGAGGGUCUCAACGUUGUGUCCGACACUGACCAAGACUGCUCUGAGAGACGAAGCCCUGUGUAUAUCACCAGAGUGCUGAGCGCCAUGAUCAACAGUAACGACAACGAGGGUGUUCUGGUGGGAGAGUGGGCGGAGUUCGAGGACGGAGUGCACCCGUCCACCUGGAUAGGGAGUGGGGACAUCCUGCGGCAGUGGGCCGACAGCGGGCCCGUCUGCUACGGCCAGUGCUGGGUCUUCGCUGCUGUGGAUUGUACAGUGUCCCGUGCGCUGGGCAUCCCCUGCCGAGUUGUCACCAACUUCAGUUCCGCUCACGACGGCAACGGCAACCUGCUGAUUGAGAAAAUGUAUGAUGAGGACGGCGAGAGGCUUGAAGACCCAGACUCGGUGUGGAACUUCCAUGUGUGGGUGGAGAGCUGGAUGGCUCGGCCUGACCUGGAACAAGCUGGGUUUGAUGGAUGGCAAGUCAGCGAUGCCACACCACAAGAGACGAGCGAAGGUGUGUUCUGCUGUGGGCCAGUUCCAGUCAGCGCUAUCAGGGAAGGGGAGCUGACCAAGAAGUUUGACGCUCCCUUUGUUUUUGCCGAGGUUAAUGCCGACGUCGUUGAAUAUGUCAAACUGUCAACCGGGGACUUCGUCAAGUUCAGCGGCUCGACAGAUUCCAUUGGUCAAAACAUCAGCACCAAGGCCGUGGGCAGGGACAAGAGGCGGGACAUCACCCAUCACUACAAGUACCCUGAAGGGUCUGAGGAAGAGCGGCGUGUCUUCGAGAAGGCCCAACACCGCAACAAGCUGCAGAAAAAGGGCAAGGAGCCAGGGCUUCGCAUAAAGAUUAAGCUGGCUAAAAACAUGGUGGUGGGCUCAGACUUUGAGGUGUACGCGGUUCUCGCCAACAACUGCAUGGUGGCCAAGAGCUGCAGCUUCAUGCUGUAUGCGCGGGCUGUGCGCUACAACAGUACCAGGGGCGCAAGCUGUGGGUUCAUCUCUGACACGGUGACCGUGACGCCGGGGGAAGAAAAACUCCUCUUCCUAAAGUUGAAGUAUUCAGACUAUGGGAAGGUGAUCAGCCCUGACCGGAUGAUACAGCUGACGGCCUUCGUCAACGACAAGGAAAACAGGGAGUACCACAAGGCAGAGAAGCUCAUUGUGCUGGACGAACCAGACCUGGAGGUCAAGCUUACUGGAGAAGCCAGAGUGGGUCAGCCCUUAACAGCUGAGCUCUGCCUGCUGAACCCUCUGCCAGAGGCCCUGCAGGACUGCAGCUUCACACUAGAGGGAGUGGGCCUGACUCAGGAGAAGCCCAUCACAAUAAAGCUGGGGACCGUGGCUUCAAAGCAGGAAGCCAAGGCUAGUGUCCAGCUGUCACCCAGGGAGGCGGGCUUCACUGUGCUUCUGGUGGACUUCGACAGCGACAAGUUAAAGAACAUAAAGAACUUCAUCCCCAUGGUGGUGAUGAGUGAUGCCCUCUCACCCUCUCUCAAUACUAUUGCAAUGACAUAGAGCAGUAAAUAUAAAACUCUCACUUCGCCAAUUUAAGCUAACCAAAACUCACGCUACUUGCCUUGAAUCAUAGCUUAUUCUAUUAAAGUUGAUGGUUUUAUGAAGUCCUUCAGCAGUUUUAACGCACUUCUGUGCUAUUAUUUAUGUAGUAUUGAUUGGCAAUUAAUAAUUUUACUGUCAAAAUAAAUGGUCUAACAUCCACUAUAAA